AUGGCCUCGCUGAGCGCUGCCUGCAGGCUGUCCGCCCGCGUCGCGACCCGCCAGCUGCCCCAGAAUGUCGUCCGCAGAGGCUUCCGCUCCUCGCCCGCGAGUGCUGCUGCGCAGAACUUUCAGAUGCCCGCUCUCUCCCCCACCAUGACCGAAGGCAACAUCGCCAGCUGGAAGAUCAAAGAAGGAGAGUCUUUCUCCGCUGGCGACGUUCUUCUUGAGAUCGAGACGGAUAAAGCGCAGAUGGACGUCGAGGCACAGGACGACGGUAUCUUGGCCAAAAUCACGCUGGGUGACGGUAGCAAGGCCGUGAAGGUCGGUCAACGUAUCGCUGUUCUUGCGGAGCCUGGCGACGACCUCAGCAGUCUGGAAAUCCCCGCUGAGGAGAAUGCUCCGCAGGACUCAGCGCCAAAGGAACCCCAACCCUCGGAAGCCAAGCAGACCAGCGCCCCAGCUCCUGGGGCCGGCAAGUCGGCUGCUGCUCCUCCUGGGAAGGCCGUCAAGCAGACCUACCCUCUCUAUCCCUCGGUCCUCUACGCCCUUCGUGCAAACGGCCUGUCCAAGGAGGAUGCGGACAAGAUUCCCGCGACUGGCCCGAACGGCCGCCUGCUGAAGGGAGAUGUUCUCGCUUACGCUGGCAAGCUGUCCGAGAGCGCAUAUGCGUCGAAUCUUUCUAAGAUCCUCGCCGAGAAGGCUCAUCUGGACCUCAGCAACAUCAAGGCUGUGCAACCGAAGCCGUCUGCUGCGGCUCCCGCUCCCGCUGCUGCUGAGGAGCCGGUUCCUGAACCGCUCACCCAGGUCACUUUGCCUAUCAACUUCAAGGCAGUUCUCGAGUGCCAGAAGCGCCUUCAAGACACUUUCGGCGUCUACCUUCCUCUGGCAGACUUCGUUGCUCGUGCUACUGAGCUUGCGAACGAGGAUCUCCCCCGCUCCAAAAACGCUCAGCCUUCUGCAGACGAGCUUUUCAACGCCAUUGUUGGCACGGACAAGAUCCCUACAACUUCCAGGGGACAGUUCAUUCCUGAGGUCUCUGCUCUGCCUACUCCCGCCUCGAAGCCCGCCAAGCCCUCCAAACAGGUCGACAUCAUUGACAUUUUGGCCGGCAAGUCCACCAAGGCUAAGAGCGCGAAGACCACUCUGCCGUCCGCCUCGGCUGUGGCAAACCCUAUUAAUGUCUUUAGCGUGAGCGUGCCUAAGGGUGAGGAGAAGAGGGCAACAGUCUUCCUGGAGAGGGUGAAGGUCGUUCUGGAGACGCAACCCGGCGAGCUGGUUCUGUAA